AUAAGGGCUUGGCAUGGGGCCACACCAUCCACAGCCUUCCACCAAUCCUGUGGAGGUCCAUCCCAACUCAACUCCCCCUCCUCCUGCUGGGAGCAGAGCUGGAGACUACCUGACUACACUACCAACUUCUUUCUUUCUUUCUCUCUUUCCAAGAGGAGGAGGAGGAGGAGGAGAAUUAUUUUAGGCUGUGUGUUUUUUUUUCCCCGACUCAUCUUUACUGGUUAUUCUGGAGCCAAAUAACCCCGUCAGGACAGAGAGGAGAAUAUGGGGUUUAUGUCAAAAUGAGUGGUUAUGAACGGCUCACGGCGGAUAAAUUCAAAAGAAACGCUUUUUAAAAUAGGUUUUUUAUGGGUGUAUUUAACUUGACUUGUCGCAACUUGACUCAGGAUUCCUGGCCUCCACUUGAAUUAGAAGUCUUGUUGUCUACUUAGCAAAAAAAUUAUAGCACAUUUAUAGAGUUUUUAACAUGAAUGAAUACUGUUUGAGUAGCAACAAGCCUUUUUUUUUUUUGUUUUAGCCACAAGUGCAUUUGAGUUGUUCCAUGUCUCUUCUUUAUAUUAUUGAAUAAGAUAGUCAGUAUCAGCAGAGAAGUGAAGGACAGGAAGGAGAGAGAGAGAAACUCUCAAACAUAACGAUCUGGAGGAGGAAUCAAAACCACAAUACCAGCAGUAAUAGGUGUUUUCAGUCUCGUCAAGUAAGGGAUGGAAAAAGACACCAAUAAAAUCCCUGAUAACGUGAUUAAAUCGCUUUAUUGUUAGACACAUUUUCCUUGUGCCUUAUUUGCCGUUGCUGCUUCACUGGCAAUGCCACACGAAGCACACAAGUUGAUAACAAAGACAUGAAUACAGUUCAUUAUGUGACACAAUUAGACACACAAAACCCCCUUUAUACAAUAUAAACAUACAAGAAGAUUGUCCUCCUUGGCCCUGAUCAUAUACUGAGGAAUACUUUGUACACCAAGCGAUAAAAACAAAAAAAUUCUAAUAAUUAUUGUUAUUAUUUUGUAGUAUUAUAAACUUUUAAAGUGCCCAAACUUAGUUGAAGGGGAAAAAAUGAAAUAAUUGAGAUAGUGCCAGGAUUUGUGAACAGGUUAGAUGACCACACAUGGAUGUGGUCACUCCAGGUUUUCAGGCUGGCAUGGGGCGGUGAUGGUGAGCUGCAUCUGAGGAGGUUCCAGGAUGGAGUGUGCUGGGGUGAAGGAGGAAAGAAUUCACAAUUACACAACCUCCUCCUCCUCCUCCUCCUUCUCUCCGCACAACGAUCCACCAAUAAUCACCACAUUAAAUCCACGGCAGCAGCUUUCGCCAGCCGUAAAAAUGCAAAUGUGACCUGCACUCCAGCUGGCAUGAAGGGGAAGAAUGUUUGCAAUCAUCUCACUCCCACUCAUCCCUGUGUUAACCACAGGCUUUCCAAGGGAAAAAUAGUUGGGCAGCGAGGCACGUUUCACGAGAGAAUGCAUGAAAAGCAUGAGUGGCCGGUUUCUCUGGGGCUGAAUAGCACGACAUCAUAAGCCCGUGAUGCAGCCAGUGUAUCGCUUAAUGUUUUCCCGGCUUUGGUCUGCAGGAUGCAACAGCAGCAGCAGCAGCAGUGGAGGCUCACGAAGGACAACCAUGCAAGAGAUUUGUACCAGCCUGUGAUAUUUUUCACCCACUUUUUCAUCCACAGAGAGAUGACAGCGGUGUGAAGCAGGCAGGCACUGGCGAACUGAGCCCCCGUCCCAGCCCACGACGCCGGGCGACCGAGGCUGAAACCGAGCUGUCAUGACGGCUCUUGGCCACAAGGGUAAGGACAGGGCAGAGGUCCUGCAGAUGGGCACGGCAGAGUGCAGGAAGUCCACAGAGAGGACAAUGUGGGGAGGGUGGGGCUUGGCACCAGCAUUCACCCAUCAUGCCACUCCACUCCCAGGACACUCGACAGUGCAAAGUACUGUUCCAACACUGUAAUUUGGACUAAAAAUAUUGGACUUUCUUUCCUCCUUCCUUUUUUCUAAAUACUGUGGCUACUUUUUUCAACCCUGUGGCUCACCAGAAUGGUCUUUCGCCCCUAUCAAAGCAUACAUGUGCAGGACCUCGCACUGCCCAUGGAUGUCCUGGGGACGCGUGUUGAAUCAUGUUUCAAAGGAAAACCCAAGAUAUCUGUGCUCAUAUUUUGGCAAAAGCUUUUAGCCGUUUUCCCAUCAUUAGUGUUCAGACACCUUUUUGUGGUGAAUCUAGCAAUUAUAAUGGAUUUUCAGGGUUCUCUGUUUAGGCAACGGCAAAAAACCACCACGAGGUAUUUGGCGCAUGAAUCAUGUUUUAGGUGGAAACGACGACGCCCACUUUAUUUCGCCAUGGCGAUGUGAUGCAAUGGGAUCUCCCAAAGUGCAAAGGCAUGAAUUUAAAAGAUUUAAAGAAAUAUAUUUAUUUGGAAUAAAUCGACGGCAGACUAAACAAAUCGACAGGGACAGGACGAAUAUGUUCCCCGGCUCGUGUUUCGGAUGUCGCUGCAUGUAAACUGUCUCUCUGCAACAUGACACAGCACAUUACAAGCAUAAUGUUUAAAACAAGAGCUAGUUUCGGGACAAGGUUUGGUAUUUUGCCUCAAGUUAACUGAAACCGUAAAGCAUGAGAAAGGACCCCAGCUUUGUAAUCUACACUGCGCAAUAUAUCAUUAAUAUGCUGCAAUGUUACCCUCAGGAAUGCCAUGUUUGUGGGUGUCCUACCCCAAAAAGUCCAUUGAAGAGGCCUAAACCUUGUCAUUACAAUUCCAGUGAUAAUGACAGCUUUGAAAAGCUCGGGGUUAUUUCAGUUUUCUCUUCUCACUGUCAUAGUAAUUACCUUUAAAUUUAGUCUUCAAACUCUGUUCACGAUGCCAGAGCGGAGAGCGCCCCUAUAUGCGUCAGUUUACAGUAGCUACACCCAACACUUUUGCUACAUCUCCUCGUUUGUUCGAUGAAUAAUCCGCAGCGGGACUCUCUCUCCGACUCCCUCGGAGAGCCGAAACAAGAUGAUGGCGAGAACCCCGUGGUUUUGCGCUUGAAUUACGACCUGGGCUAACUUUACAUUGUUUCUGUUGGACGGGCUCCUUCGAAGAUGUAAGCCAACGCGCGCUGAUCCCAAGCGGUUUUCCCAUAACUACAGCAGAAAACAGCUGCGGGGAUGGCAAGCGAGUAACACAUAGUUCUUUUCAGGACAACGCGCACAAUGCUGCCGCGGGGAGCCAAAUGUAUCUCGUGUCAUCGUGUGGGAGGACAUCAUGUGCAAACAGAUCCUGUUAGAUAGAAGCCCAACAUGACAACGCUGCAAUUACAAGACAAAGUGACAAAUACAGCCGUUCUGUGUCAGUCCAGAGGUUGUCGAGCGGAACAGACAAUCUUCUGCCUGUCAUGGUCUGACACGGUGAUGUGUGGACUGAUUGAAACACAGAAUUGCAAAAAGCAAACACUCCAAACCUCAUAUUAAGAAUGAAUUAUUUCCUUCUUUUUUCUGAUUCAUGUUUUGUCAAAUUGUUGAUUUUCCUGUACUUGACAUUAAAAUUGAUCUACUCAUGCACUGGAUUUCUAGGUUGGGACCUGGACUUGCGUUUUCUUUUAUGCAGAACGCACCCUGUCCUCGUCCACUCAAAAUCUCUACCCCUGUGUUUGACAAAACCCAAACCUCUAACGAGCGCUCGGUCGCCAAACGAGAGCAAGCCCUCCUAUGACUCUGGGUAACUUGCCCCUUCCCGUUGUGUUUCCGGGCCUGUCUGAUUGUUCCCACCUGCGUGUCGCUUUGAUGCCAGUUCGUCGCGUCAUGUGAACCAGAGAGCCAGCGUAACUCCCGUGCCUUUGUCUUGUGAGGAAGUAUCAGUAUUUCAGUUAUUUAGUUGUUGUUUUUUUUCUAGUAGUUUUUCCCCUUGAAAGAGUCGUUUUUGUGUCUUAGCUUUCCUCGAAAGAGUGAUUUUUGUUUGUUAGCUUUAGCUGUUUUUUGUUAGUGUUCCCUCUUAGGAGUGGCUUUUUUUGUUGCACUUUGAAAAUAAAAGUUUGUUUGUUUUUCACUUUUCACUCCCGAGUCCUGCAAUUAGGUUCAAGUCCUUGACAAUAUAGAACAGUAGCCUACAUAUUGUGAAGUCAUGUUUAUGUGCUGCCAUUGUAAAUACUGUCACUAUUCACUGUUGUGGGUAGCGGGUGCAUCUAGACCACCCAUUAGAUUUACUUGGGAUUCUAUAGUAGUGAAUCAAACUGUAUUUGAAAAAUAUAAGAGACAGUGAUCUAAGCGGAUUGACCUAAUUUAAAGAAUCAGGCAAUUUUAAACACUUUUUUUCUGCAGUUUAAGUGCUACAGCAGUAACAAACAGGUGUCAUUUAUUUUAGUUUCUCUUGAUUUCAAGUGCUGGACGAGAAACGUAAAGUCACUGUUAAACACAUACAUGUGUUUAUUCACAUGUAUGUUUUAAUAGAGUACAGAAUGAAUGGUCAACAGUUUUGAUUUCGAGUGUUUUUCAAUAAUUAAAAAGACAUUUUCUGGUUUCUCAGCUUCUUAAAUGGGAAUAUUUUUAGAGUUUAGAGUUUAUUUUUGCUCCCUAUAACAAAGAAAUAUUUUUGGUUUGUGGACAAAACAAAACGUUUGAGAACAUAAUCAUUUCCAGGAUUGGUUUUGAGAAACAUUGAACAAUAUUACUGACAUUUUCUGGACCAAACAAGUACUUGAUUAUUCGAGAAAAUAACCGACAGGGCAUUGAAUUGAAUUUAACCUAAAGGCCUGAAAGACUUUUGCUUAAAUUUAACACAGAUAAAAAAAGACAAUCCUGGAUUAUUAUGUCAACGUUAUCUCUCUUAGUGGUGAAGUUGACACAACUGAACCUGUGCAUAUUGAUUAGUCUUCUAAAUUAAUCAUCACCAUAUUAUUAUUAUUACGUCAUACAAAUGUAUAACAAAUGUUAUACAAUACUUAGUGAAUUGGCGGUUGUGUGUAAUUAAAAACCCCGCAGGUUGAUGACGGUCGUGUGGACAAGAAAUGUGACCUUUCCUCGGCUGCACCGUCUCCAGGGCGAUAAGGCGACACAAACACAGAGAGCACAGGAGCCGGCUGUCGUCACCGUCUACACAGUGUAACUCAAACUAACUCAACUAAUUUCACCUGAGAUGCCAAAGAAAAAAGUUGGAAAAGUGAAGAGAGCUAAAGCAGGGAAAGGGAAGAAAGAUGGCAAGCAGGAGUCAAAAGUGGACAAGGAGUCGGACACGGAGAAGGCCAAGGCCACUGCUGCCCUGUGGGAGCUGAGGUCAAAGGUCACAGACCAGUCGCUCUCGCAGUACCAGGAAGCCUGUGGUAAGUUGGAGCGAGUCAACGAGGAGCUCACCACGCAGCUGUACCGAGCCGAGAAGGAAACCAUCGACGUGUCGACGUUUCAGCAGAAACGGGACGCAGACAGAGAGCAGCAGAUCAGUUUGCUGCAGCAAAGCCUCAGAAGACAAAAGGCCCAGGCACGUGAGGAGCAAAACAAACUGGCUGAAGAUUACACGCGUCAAAUCAACGAGAUGAAGGAGCUGUUCAGAAAGAAGUCCAGUGACUUCAACAUGAUCCAGAGUGGGAUGAGGAAAAUCGAGGAGUUUCAGAAGAAGAAAGCCCAGAUGGAGCAGGAGCUCAGUGACAUUAAAGAAAGAAUGGCUGCUGCUGACAAGGAGCACAGGGAGAACCUCAACAAAAUGGAGUACAGGUUCUUCAAAGCGAAGGCUCACUUGGAGAGGGAAGCUGAGCAAGCGAUAGCCAACGCGGUGGAGCGGGCCCACAAUGAAGCCAUCGUGCAGUUGGACGACGCCUCACACUCGGUGUUCAAGGAGAACGUCCGUCUCAAUGAAGCACUGAGGCUUCACACCAAGGAGGCGCAGAGCCUGCAGAAACGGACUGACUCUCUGGAGAAGCAAAAUGCCUCGCUGGCACUGGACAAGAACACGUUUGAGUUGACGGUGAAGAAGAACGCAGCUCAGAUGGCGGCCCGAAAGGAUGAGCUUUUCAAGCUGAGGGCAAAGGUCGCCUCCCUGGAGCAGGCUCUGGACCAAAAGGCAAGGGAGGUCGAGCGGGAGGGGAAGAAGGAGAAGGAGACGACGAUGGUCCGAGUUCACGCCGGCCAGGUGGAGCUGGAGAAGCUUCAGAAGGUGCUCGACAUGCGCGAGAGAGAACUGGGACACAUCAAGCGGCUCGCGGGCACGAUUGUCGAGCAGCGCACGGAGCUGGAGCAGUUCUUCCACGAGUCGCUGGCUCAGGUGAGGCAGGAGAUCGCGGACAGCAGGCUGCGCUACAGAAAGGAGGCUCUGCAGGCUUAUCGCUGGAGGCUGAGAGAAGCCACAGCGGGAAAGCUCAAGUUCCCACCCAUCCGCACCUUUCAUCAAAGCCCCCACAGCAGCAACUCUGUCUAUUCAGACAUGGAGGCAGCGGCGUCGUGGACGCACCAACCAGGCAGCAAAGUUGAAAUCUCAGAUCUCACAUGGGAGCAAAAGGAACAAGUGCUCAGGCUUCUCUUUGCUAAGAUGAACGGGCAGAGGGAAAGGAAAGUUGGCCGACAUCUGGCUUUGUCUGCCUCCGACGAGAAGAGGAUUAUCGACAGUGAUGCUGCUGCUGGAGAGGAGCUCUCCCCGGCGACUUUCAUCACCCAGGCGCCUCAAUAUGCUCUGCCCUCGAACCCGAGCAGCUUGCCGGAUAUACACACCACAUGACCUCUGUGCAGCCUCUACAUUGCACAUCACACUGUAUUGUUUGGCCUCGACUCUGUGCGAUUCCCACAGAGCGUCAAUCAUGUGCUGAUGUUUGUUUGUGCUUAUUAUAAAUCUCUUACCAUGCAUGUAUGUGUAUAUAUAUAUAUAUAUAACUUGUGAGUUUUCUCUUUCACAAUUAAAGCUCGUUUCAAUUCUG